AUGGGAUUGCGUAGAACCACUUCAGAUCGUGUAGAGUGGAGGAAAGAUCAUAAGCAGUAUCCUCAGAACUGGCCAUCUUACCGGAAGUUCCAUGACACGGCAAUCAUUGUGUUUCUAGAGUUCUACACAACCAUAAUCAGUACCACUGGACCCUCCGCUGCGACCAUAGCCAUGGAAGAGUUCCAUCUCAGUCGCGUGGUAGCUUUAGUUGCCUUCACGUUCAUGCAAGUGUAUCAAAUAGGGCAAGCAAUUGGAGGCCUCCUGACGCCACCCUUCUCUGAAUCAUUUGGACGAAGGAAGCCCUAUCUCUACUCGUGCGCGGCUUUCAGCAUUGGCGCUCUCAUUACAGGAGUCGUGCCCUCUGUAGCGGGCGUAUUUAUUGGCCGAUUUAUAUCUGGAUUUGCCUCUUCUGUGCCAUCUGUCGUCAUCGCUGGGAGUAUUGAAGACUUGUAUGCGGGCACACAUAGAGUAUGGAUGAUACUGGUUUGGAACAGUUCAACCACCCUUGGCCUCAUCAUUGGUCCCAUCUACGGAACCUACAUGGCGGACGCAAUCGGUUGGCGCUGGAUACACUAUACCUCGGCCAUGGUUACCGCCAUGACAUUUUUAGUACUCCUCACAAUCCGUGAAAGCCGACCAACAAAACUGCUAUCCGACAAGCUUGGUCAGUUAGAAAAACAAUACCACGAGAAGUUGGAGCCUCGCAGUGAUCCGGACGCUCUUCAAAAUGGUCGCGCCCUAGCGAAAUUAGUCUUUCUACGGCCGGCACGUCUUGCCGUCACGGAACCCAUUGUGAUAAUAGUUGCUAGUCUUAGUGCUACAGCAUGGGGUCUGGUGUAUCUUUUUACGGAAUCUUUGACCGUGGUGUAUUCACUUUAUGGCUGGACUGAAACAACGACUUCGCUAGCAUUUAUCGCUAUUGGGCUGGGCAUUCCCAUCAGCAUCUUGCCUAGGAUAUGGGAAGUCCAUAUGAUCUCACACAAAACGCGGCACAACCAGAAGCUUGCGCCAGAGGACAAGAUCUACGGCUUCGUUAUUGCAGCACCUAUGCUGGCCGUAGGCCUGUGGCUAUUCAGUUGGACAAUCCCCCCAUGUGUCCACACGCAUUGGGCCGUUUCCAUGGUUGGACUUGUAUUUAUAGGGUUUGCGGCCAACGAAUUUGCUUACACCUUGAACGGUUAUCUGGCCGACUCAUAUACGAUAUACGCGUCUUCCGGUCUUGCUACACUUGCAUUCCUUCGCGCCCUCGUUUCAGGGAUCAUGCCUCUCUUCGCCUACCCAAUGUUUUCUGGGCUGGGUGGUAAUGUCGCCGGUUCAAUUCUGGCCGCAGUCGCCACUAUAUUCUGCUUGACACCGUUUUUGUUUUUGAAAUAUGGAAAAAUAUUGAGGGAAAGAAGCAAAUUUGCAAAGUAUAGUGCCGAAGUCAAUGAACAGCAUGGCGACGGAUGA